AUGCCUUCGACAGACGAACACCGAGACAUAUCAUCAGGCAACCGGUCGCCUCUAUACCGACACGAUGUUGAGUCAUCCCGACGAGCAGCGGGCACUGCGGCUCCUAGUAGUGGUCGACCAAGCGGGGAGCUAGAGGGUAGCACACUGGGCAGCGGUUCUCGGGAGGGCGAUAGCAGAACUCCCGGCCAGCGCAGAGCACCAAGCUCCAGUGGCUUCCUGCUUGACUCUCUCCCGCGCUCCAAGGGCUCACGGGUCAGCUCAAAUCAUCACCGCCCAUCUGAGCCACCUACGGAUAAACGAACUGCCCCGGAGGCGGACAUAGUGGUCCCUAAGAAACGAUCACGCUUUCCAUGGCAUCGUCACAAGAAUGCUGCCUCAGAAGCUUCGGCUGCUUCAGCCUCGGGUCUGGCAGUUACACAAAAAACCCCAACGCCCCCUCCGGUGAUACUUACUACAUCCCGAGCCUCAUCAGGAGCUGAUACCGGAGGACGUAGCGUGGAGACACCUGGCCUUGAUAGGGAUUCCAUUCAGAUUGUGAAUCUGGCUUUGAAUCUUAAUGAAUCUCGACGAAGGACAGCCUCGGGGCUCGCUCCAGGGUCCAGCAUUCGGAGACCGAUAUCUGUCUCUCAGCCUACUGCAGGACCUACUGAUCUGCAUGCAUCGUCCUCGCAGAACCAUGCACACCACUUUCGAAAUUACGACCAGAGACACGGAGAUCGUCUCUCGCCACCAACACCUCAGGGUGGGCAUUCUCCUGUGGCGGAAUUCUUACCAGCAACUGCGGUUGAUAACAAUCGGGCAUAUGAAUUUUCUAGUCACACACUUGCCCGCGCAGAACAAGCUCGUUGUCACUUUGACCUCUUUCAUGAGUAUCUACGGCUGCUUCCUUUGUUGCCCCCACUUCGAACCCCCCAAACGGCAGAUGACCACGAGUCUUCGCAUCAUGCAGCUGUCAGCUCAUCGACUAGUCGGGAAUACAAUCCUCUCCAAAUGAUUCGUAACCGACGGGUCAGAUAUCGAGAAAAGUGUCCUAUUGAUCCAAAGAUGCAAGGCUGGCAUGAUGUCGACAAGGUUCACGAUUGGGUUACAUCGAUCGAGGCAAAAUAUGGCCAUAAGACCCAUGAGCAGACGCAAUCCAUCAAGCUUCCUCCAUUCCAGCAAGGGCAACGGACCCAGUCCCAUGAUGACCCGGAUGAUUUGGAUAUAUUGGCUACAUCGCCUUCCUCGAGCUCGAGACGUGCUAGCCGUACAAAUAGUGUCAAGGCACCUCGGCCCCGUCUCGACUGGAAAACCUCACCCGCUGAGCUCCUAGCUGAUGCUGCCUGGCUCGAAGAUGUUGUAAACAAGGCCAAGAUUAUCGACAAAGAUAGCAAUCCGCUCUACCCAAACCCAGAGGAGUUGGUUCUAACUCUAACCAAAUCAGAAACAGCCGCGCAAUCAAGACGGCACUUGACAGUUGAAAUGGAGGAUGAAGGGGAGGUCUCACCUCGUGCCUCUAUGUCAGGUAACCGCCCUGCAUUGGGCCCUGAGUUCAAGAGCGUUGGGCGUGGGCGACACAGAAAUAGAUUCCGGAGCCAUUCACAAAGCAUACGUGGUCGAAGUGAAUCUAGCUCACGGAAGCGCUCCCGAUGGGAUAAGGUUAGAAUGCGCUCUGGCAGUGCCUCAAGCGAUUCUAGUGCCGAACGGCGAACAUCGGUGGAACCAAAUCGUCGGAUUUGGGCACAUUCGCGGAAAGACUCGGAGAGAUCAAAGGAUGGUGCCAACUCAUCUGAAUCUCGAGUAUCUCGAGCCAAAUCUCCCACCGCGGCAGUACUCGGUGCAGACAAAGGCAAAUCCAAUCACUCCCACUUCCCGUCACUCAGUACCCAGACAAGCCUUAAGAAGAAGAGAGGUUCUUUCUCCUCGGCUGGAAGUAUGGAUGACAGAUACAACUCUCGGAUGUCAUUUGAAGAGAGGGAUAGUACCGCUCCCAACUCUCCGGCUCAUACUACCUACUUCCCCAGCAUUGCAGUCAACCUGUCUCCGCCAUCAAGUCGGUCCCCUUCACCAGCCAAGAAGGGACUUCGUCGCAAGAUCGCCUCUCGCCAUGAGCGAAGCAAGAGCAAGCAAGGGGAUCGGGAGCUGAAAGGAACUGAAGACGCGUUACCUGAAACGAAGCCAUUGCCUCGUCAAAGCUUGAACUCUCCACCUGAGCGUGCCGAGCAAGCCUUGAAGUCAUCGAAGCUUGAACCAAGCCCACUGCCGGACGUUGUGUCUUCGUCUUAUAUUGAAGAUCAAGACGCGCCUGAUGAUGAACGUAUAGACGGCUCUAGGGGACGAAGGGUCCAAAAUUCUGCCGAGUCUAAGCUCCGAGGGAUAUUGAAAGGACCAGGAAGGAUAGCUGAGCUUGUUGGAAACGAAGUAUCCAAGGUUGGAGAUAAGAUUUUGAAGAAGGACGCACCGCCCGAUUCCCGGAAGUCGUCAUCUGCAACCACUCUCGCCUCUGAUGAUAGCGAUUCUGAUGACGAGGAAAAGAAGACGGACAAACGAUCUGCGGCCAAAGGACUCCUUCGACGCCUGCCGAAUCUUGGAGACGAACCUGGGCGCCUCACUCGUCGAGAGUCUGAAAAAGCUACACCAUCUAAAAGUUUCAUAAGCUCCUUACCAAGCUUCACCUCGCCAUUGCGGCAGGAUGAGCGCAAUGACUCGACGGAUGCACUUUACUUUGGUAGCCCCCGUGAACGUGCAACUGCAUCCCUCGGACAGGGUGACGAUCCAAAGAGGACGGAAUUAUCUAGGAGCCGAACAUUCGACUUCACCUCUGCUUCUCAAUUGAAUCGAGGACGCACAAAGCCGCAUGCUAUCAGGGAUCCCUCAGUCCCCUUCAGUCUUACCCGUCCUCCCGUCACUGGACUUGCUAAAGUCCGAGCAUCUCCUCAACGCCCUAUCGACAAAAGACCCACAUUAUCAGGAGCGACUCGCGCAUGGAGUAUCUCAGGUCGCAGCAUCCAAGCAUCGAACGACUCGGGCGUACCUAGCAAGACAGAAAUCGAGCGAACCCGAAUCCUGCUCCUUUCGUCUGGCAUCAAAGCCCGAGAAAUCACCCGCAGAGCUCACAGCGUCCGCGAUCCACCCCCACACUGGCUUCAAGCCUCCAUAGGCUCCGGUACAUCCGUGAACCGCGUGCCUCGAAUCAACGAAUUUGAUCUCGCAGCCCAAAAUCUUCUCCGACGAUUCGAGACAACCCAAUAUUCAUUCCAGCAAUCCAUGCACCACUUCACCACAACCACCUCUUCACCUCUUCGCACCCAGCUGAAAGACCUGGAGACUCUCAUCAACCAAUCCCUCGCUCCCCGCGUCCGAGCCACAGCCGACCACGCAGAAGAUCUAUGCGUUCAGCUCAACACCACUAGCACACUCGCUGUCAAGUCUCUCGGUGAUGCCCUCGACAGAGGCGUACGAAAACGCCGUCGUCGACUCCGCUGGGUCCGGCGGGCUGGCUUCGUCAUCCUUGAAUGGGCGCUUGUCGGUAUGCUGUGGUGGGUUUGGUUGAUUGUCAUGGGGUUCAAGCUUGUACGCGGUGUUCUACGAGGUGCUGUCUCUGGUGCGCGAUGGUUUCUCUGGCUUUAA